AUGGAUAAUGAAGGCGACCAAAAGAAAAUACCACUAAAUGAAUCGCCAUUCAAUUAUGCAGUGACCUACUGGCUCAAGCAUGCGAUGGAUGUCCCUCACGGGGUGGAGGCUACAUCGUCUUCAAAGGAGCUUUGGACUCUUGUGAAAGAUUUUUUCUGGGAUCGAGAUGGUGCAGUGUAUAUGGAAUGGCUAAGAAUACUUGACGAUACGAGCGCCAACUGGCAUUCAGUAUACAGCAAAAGCAAAGGAUCUGUUAUGAGGUCCCUACGCUCUUCCGAACGGGAAUUUCAAGUCGAUACCCGCCUUGAAGUGGUGGCAUCGUAUGGACUUGUGGAUAUCAUCGAAUGGGCUCAUCCAGAUGGAACCAACUUCGAUAUUCCACGUGAUAAUGGGUACUCUCCUCUCAUGGCAGCCGUAGCUUCUGAAGAGGAAGAAGUAACACAGGCAUUGCUGUCCCAAAAUUCGGUGUGUGUCAACCGGACGGCAUGCCACAUAUCAACAACAGGGCCAUGCUCGGGUGGGGAAUGUGGAUCACAUGGAAGCACCGCAUUAAUGUCUGCGGUCGGAUGUUAUCGCCUUGGUGUGAUGAAGUUACUUCUGGAGCACCCUGAUAUUGAGGUGGAUUUGGUUUCGCAUGGUAGGACGGCACUUGGAGUAGCAAUUCACGAAAUCAGGCACGGACGAGAACCCAUUAAACUCCUAUUAAGUGCCGGAGCAAAACUGGCUAUGUAUGAUGGAAAUGCUCUCCCCAUUCCAUCGGUUGACGAGUAG